AUGGCUCCCCAUACUCGACAAUUCCGAAAUGGCAGCACUGCCGUGGCAGUCGACGGGAUGCCCAGCUUUGCCUUUGCGUUCGAUAUCGACGGUGUGCUUCUGCGAUCCUCAGCCCCGCUACCCGGCGCGUCGACCGCGCUCGAAUACCUGCACAACAACAGCAUACCAUUCAUUCUACUGACCAAUGGAGGUGGGAAGCACGAGAGCACCAGAGUUGCUGAAUUGAGCAAGAAGCUAGGCGUCCCUCUCACGGAGGAGAAUUUCGUUCAGUCCCACACACCGUUCAAGCAGCUUGUUGAGGGCUCCGAGACGGUUGAGAGCUUGAAGGAUAAGACCAUCUUGGUCACUGGCGGAGAUGGAGAGAAAUGCAGGAAGGUUGCUGAGAUGUACGGAUUCACAAACGUGGUUACUCCAACCGAUAUCAUGAUGGCAUACCCAAGUAUCUGGCCCUUCAGUCUUGCAGUCGAUUUCACUGCAGUUCAAGGACACCGCCCUCUGCCAACCAAUGUCGACCACAUGAAUCCCUCCAAGUCCCUCAAGAUCGACGCCAUAUUCGUCUUCAAUGACCCCCGCGAUUGGGCCCUCGAUUUGCAAAUCAUUCUCGAUCUCCUGCUCUCCAAGGGCGGGGUCCUAGGGACGGUCUCCGAGAAGAACGGAGAUCCAUCUCUCCCAAACAACGGCUGGCAACAAGACGGUCAACCAAAGCUUUUCUUCUCCAACCCCGACCUCUUCUGGGCUACCAGCCAUCACAUGCCUCGUCUUGGUCAGGGCGGAUUCCAAGCUUCGUUGAGAGGUAUCUGGGACGAGACAACUGGUGGUGCAGUUCUGGAACGAACCGUCAUCGGAAAACCCUACCCCGAAACAUACAAAUAUGCCGAGCGUGUUCUCAAUAAGCAUCGUGCGCAAAUGCUUGGCGGAAAUGGUGAGGUCAAGAAGAAAGUCAGUCGGCUGGAGAGGGUCUUCAUGGUUGGAGAUAAUCCUGAGAGUGAUAUUCGCGGUGCGAAUGAGUUCGAGAGUCCGCAUGGCACGGAGUGGACGAGUGUGCUGGUUAAGACGGGCGUUUAUCACGACGGCAGACACCCGAAGUAUGCGCCAAAAGUGAUUGUUAACGAUGUUUUGGAGGCGGUUAAGUGGGCGUUGAGAGAGGAGGGCUGGAAUGGCGUUGUUGACUGA